ACUGCCAGCCACCGAACGACGGAGAGCAGCAGCAGCUCCGCUCCGCCACUGAUCAGCACCCCACUCGGGGAGACGGGAGAGGGGCGCGGAGUGAGAGGCAGCGCCGGCAGCUUGUGAUCAUCAGCCUUUGGGAGGGGGGGUUGGCGGGCGUCCCUGUACAGAUUCAGCGACCAACUCCCCCCGAUAGACACAUCCAUGCAAAAAAUAUAUUUCAUAUAUAACAUGCAUUAUAUUGUAUAGAAAAGAGCUACACACAUUAAGUUACACUCACGCGCGCACACACACACACACACACACACACACACACAAAUACACACCCCGAGAUCGGGGACGAGCCUCCAGCGAGCACCCACCCCCGCCCCCUCAACCCCCUCCCCGCAGCACCUCUCACACACCUGAAGAAAAGUCAACUUGAAACUCUCACAGCAUGCCGCGGAGGAAGCAGCAAGCACCCAAGCGGGCAGCAGUGUAUGUCCCUGAAGAAGAUUUAAAGACGGGAGAACUGAGAGAGGGAGAAGAUGCCAGCCCUUCUGUUGAGGAAUUACAGGGCAAUGGUUACAUGUGCACAGAAGAAGAGGAAGAGGAAGAGGAGGAUAGCAAAGGCAGCUACAGCUACCAGAAUUCUCCAGUUAGUGCAAUGUCUAACCAGGAUGUAGAGUGUGAUUCACACAUAAGUGAUACCAGUGACCGAUUGGCUGAUUUUAAAAGUAUUUCUUCCCGAGAUGGGCAAGAAAAGGAGGAGGAAUCAAAUGGAGAGACAAAGAGUGACCAGCAGAACAGCUUAGGAGCAAUGAGAGCUGUUUAUGCUAGCUUUUUGUCUGAUUCGUAUUGGUCGAGUCUAGGCUUUGACCUCAAGCAGUCAAAGGCAGAAAGGACAAGCUGCAAAAGCAGCAACGAAAGCACCAAAAGUAGCUUUGAUUGGCAUCAAGAUGCAUUAUCGAAAACAUUUCAGCAGUCAUCUUCUGGCAGACCAGUGCCUAAGCCAAAUCUUUUCAGUUCAGUGCAGUUGUACAGGCAAAAUAACAAAUUGUUUGGCACUGUCUUCACGGGUGCCAGUAGGUUUCGUUGCCGAGAAUGUAGUGCAGCAUAUGACACUUUGGUAGAACUAACUGUGCACAUGAAUGAUACAGGUCAUUACCAAGAUGAUAACCACAAAAAAAACUUGGACCCAAACAACAGUUGGACAAAGUCUCGAAAACGGGCUUUGCAGGAAAUGGAUGGUAUGCAUGAUGCCCAGAAAGUUUUAAAGUGCAUGUACUGUGGUUAUUCAUUUGAUUCCCUUCAAGACUUGAGUGUUCAUAUGAUUAAAACAAAACAUUACCAGAAAGUGCCUCUGAAGGAACCGAUGCCACCCAUUGGAUCAAAGUUAGUCCCUCCCACUAAAAAACGGGCCCAGCAUGAAGUCAACCAGCCUUGUUCACCAGAUUCAACAACUGGAAUUGCAGGGACAUUCACGGGUGAAGCACAAAAGAAUUCAAACCCCUAUGUGUCAUCGAACAAUCGGUAUGGUUAUCAAAACGGUGCCAGCUAUACUUGGCAAUUUGAAGCCUGUAAGUCUCAGAUUCUGAAGUGUAUGGAAUGUGGAAGCUCUCAUGAUACACUACAGCAGCUCACAGCUCACAUGAUGGUGACGGGGCAUUUUCUUAAGGUCACAAAUUCUGCAUCAAAAAAGGGAAAACAGAUUGUUUUUGAUCCUUUGGCUGUGGACAAAGCACAGUCUGUCACAGAAGCACCAUCAAGUGAAAUCCAACCUCUGGCACCAGUCAACAAAUUGCCUCCAGAUUCUUUAACUCCACCAACAGCUGAGGAUAACAAAAAUGAAGAAGAAAAGCAAGAGAUAGUAGAGGAAAUGGAGAAACCACCUAAAGAUAAAGAUGAUUGUAAAGGUGACAACCCAGAAAAGAUAUUUGGCUCCACACUUCAAUACCAAUACAUAAGAGAAGAAGAUCUGGAGGAGAGCUCAAAGGGAGGUGGUGAUAUUCUUAAAUCACUUGAAAACACUGUUACUUCAGCCAUUAACAAAGCCCAAACAGGGAGCCCAAGCUGGAGUGCAUAUCCCAGCAUCCAUGCUGCCUAUCAGCUUCCAGGGAUUAUUAAACCUGUGCAGCUUGGUACUCAAAUAAUGCAAGUUAAGCCGAACCUGAAGCCAAUUGCUCCAAAAGUCAGGUAUUUCUCUGUAAUUACAAGCAGCCAAAACCAAGGCAUUCCGUCCAAUAGUGACCAAAUUAAGGAGGAACCAGUUAGCCCAGUUCAUGAACAGAUUUUAUCCAAGCUGGAAGAAAACAAUAUUGAGAAAAACGAUCCAAAGUUAAAUCUUCAGUCCACCCUAACUUUGCCAUGUAAAACGGAAAGUGAGAGUCCAAUAAAAACAGAGACUGUCAGUGAUCUCCCAAAGGCAGACUCACCAUGUUUGAAGGAUGCUGAAGAAAUGAAGCAAAACUUCAAGAAUGAGCCUGCAAAAAAUGAUAAAGGAUCUCCCAAUUUUUCAUUAACCAAUGGAUGUUCUGGUCUGUCUGUCAUCACAGAUCAUCCAUCCGAACACCUUUCUGUCAGCCCACUUAGUGCAUUGCAAUCAAUAAUGAAUACUCAUCUUGGCAAAGCUGCCAAGCCCCUUAACUCAAACGUAGACCCUGUAACUAUGCUUUGUAGACUAAAUAAAAGCUUGUUGGAGAAAUCAGCUUCACCGCCAAGUUUAAUAAAGCCAUCUAAUGUUGCUGAUAGUUACUACUAUGAAAGCAGUGAUCAGCCAAUAGAUCUCACCAAAUCGAAGAGCGGCACAACCAUCCAAACAAACACUGUCAAACCUUUUACUUCAUUACCUUCCAAACAUGCUUUAUCUGAUAUUGCUGAUAUGGUAAAGGUCCUCCCAAAGGGUGCAACACCAAAACCUUCUACCUCAUCAAAGAUGACAACAGAAAGGUUAGAGACUGAUGUGAGGAGCUUUGAAGAUGUGUCAAUGGAAUUUUUACCUGUUCAGAAAAGGAAAGGAAGGCAGUCAAACUGGAAUCCCCAACAUCUUCUUAUCUUGCAGGCCCAAUUUGCUGCAAGUCUGUGGCAGACAGGAGAAGGCAAAUAUUUAUUAUCUGAUCUCGGUCCGCAAGACCGUAUGCAUAUUUCAAAGUUUACUGGACUCACCAUGACUACCAUAAGUCACUGGCUUGCCAAUGUAAAAUAUCAAUUGAGAAAGACAGGUGGAACAAAAUUCCUUAAGAAUUUAGACACAGGGCAUCCAAUUUUCUACUGCAAUGAUUGUGCCUCCCAGUUUAGGACUCCUUCCACAUAUAUUGGUCAUUUGGAAUCCCACUUGGGCUUCACCAUGAAAGAUAUGGCAAAAAUUUCUGUACAGCAUGCAAGAGGGGAGCAAGAAGUGUCUAAAGUAGCGUCUGAGAAGUCAACAGGACCAGCUGCAGCAGAUGAGGAAGUAGGCAGCAAGUUCCAGUGUAAUCUGUGCAAUCGAACUUUUGCUAGCAAGCAUGCAGUAAAACUGCAUCUCAGCAAAACACAUGGGAAGUCACCAGAGAAUCAUUCGCAGUAUGUAACUGAACUAGAGGAAGAAUAGCAUCUCAAGGGCAAAGAUCACAAUCUGCAGUCCAGGCAUCCUAAUCCAGGCGCUCUCCUGCAUCACUUCAGCUACGACAUUGAACUCCAGGUGCUCUGACCGCAAAGAGCACUCAACUCCUGCAAUUACUCUUCAUUCUCACUAACAAUUUGGUAAUGAAGUAUUGAUUUUUCAGCUCGAUUCUUAUGGAUGUUAUUAGAUUUUCAUUGAUAAACUGUGCUCGGGCUCUCUACUCCCUGCUGCUUCUCUGCGGCACACAUAACAAAGUGUUCUUUAGGGGAUAAUGGCUGGGAACAUUGAUGUGUUUAUUUCAUCAAUUGGUUACUCCUGAUGGCAAAAAAGGUACGAUUUUUCAAACUUUAAGCCCAAGUUUAAUGUAAAGAUACAAUCACAUCGGACACUAAUGUCUUUCCUGCUGAUGCUGACAUUGAAUUAUGGCUGAAUUGCGGCUGUGGCCCAUAGCACUCUCUUUAUGAAGGAAGUGGUUUGUAGCCAGUCCAGUUGUCAAUGUUGCACCUGGCUUUCCUACUCCAGUCUUAACAGCACAAGGGAUCAAUCUGUCUAACUAAGAAGAAAAAGACUGAUGAAGCAGUGAACGAGAUCCAGCCAGAGAGAAAAUAAAAACUUGUACACUGUUUAUCAUCUACUGCAAUAGCGCACAGUAUCGGCUUCUUGUGGAUAGGAACAACGUAGACAUUUUCGCUACCAGGAGGAUCAGUCUGCUGCUGUCCUUGUUUAAAAAAAUAGCCUCCUCUGACAUCCUGCAUCACACCAAGUAUGAAGGAGGAAAAAAAUAUAUCACAAGGGAGCAGACAACUGCAGUUCAAUCCUGAUAACUUUUGUUUCUACAGACAAUGUGAGCUUCAAUGGUAGAGAUUGGAGGUAAACAGAAUGAAUCUCCAUUUACCCCUGUUAAGGUCACAAGAGACAAAGUCAAAAAUGAGUGAUGCUGCAGCUAGGAGUUCAAUAAAUACCACAUAGGCACACACAUCGGGUAUUCAGUUUAUUAAACACUGCUGGACAAACAUCAGCUUUAUUAAUGUAACUUUUAUUUUUAGAAAGUUCAACUACUUCUUUUGUAGAUGCCAACCAAUCUUGUACAAGCCAUUGUUAACCUGCUGAGGUUAUGACAAUUCCCCAAGUAACAAUAUAAUUGGUAUUUAAGAUGUAUAUUAACACCCUUGUUUAUUGUAAAUCACGGAGAUCAGUCCAACUUCAUAAAUGCAGGUGCGGCUUCUAUCGAGAAAAGGAGACUCUUUCUCUUGCUUUGAUACAUGAGGCAUGUAUUCCAUUUGUGCCAUACUUUGCUAUUAAUGAUAAAUUUAAAUUAAGCUUUUUUUCAGCUUUGUCUGGUACUGUUGCAUACUUUGGUUUGAUAUCAAGUUGAAGGAGACCAGUCCAAUCAAUAUACAUGCAGUACAAAUACUGUCAGGAAAUCUUUGUAUUUCUCAGUAGAUUUCUCAUCUGUUUUCACUGAUGAAGCCUAAGGAUUAAUUUAUUCCACAGGCCAAGGGAAGCAGAUUAGUAUUGCACAAAGAUUGAAAAUCAGUACACAGCCCAUUGCUUUCCUAUCUUAGUCACUUAAUUAAAAAUGCAUUUGGUAGCCUUAAUCUAAAUUCUUACUGCAAAACAAAAUUAUUAUGAAGCCAAAAGGACCUGUUACAUGUAACUCCUUGCAACACUUGAGUCCACUGCUCACAUUUUGCAAUCUCGAAUCGAAGGCUUGCAUGGCACACAGCGGAACUCUUUUAAUCAGCUCCUUCAUGCAGCUUAAUUGUUCAGUAAGCAAGCAAAAAAUAUAUUGUUAGUUUCUCAUUGCUAUAGUUUCCUAAACCAUCAACAAUUCCAUCUAAAAAUAUAUAAGAGCCUACCAAUUUUAUCAUGUCCUUACUGUCGAAAAUCCUGCUCUGCCUAUUUUCAGGUGGUUGCAGUCUGUUUGCCUUUUGUAGAGACUAUGCAAUGGUGAGAAUUGGAUGGUUUCUGCAUUUGAUGGUCAAUCCACAGAUUGCAGCUGAAAAUCUAUUCUAGUUUCUUCCUGGGGUUGGAAGACUAUUUAUGUUGUUGAUAAACCUUAUCCAUGAAUAACCUUGUGCCAUCCCAGAGCAUCCAAGCAUUCCUCCUGCUGCCUUCUAUUUUCUUUAUGUGCAGUUCUCAAUAUAACAUGUUUUCAUAUUAUUUUGCAAGUGCUGCUGCUCUGGGGUCUCAAGAAUUUCAUGUGCAAAAAGAGCUCUUUAGUCAAAGUGAGGUUUUAGUCUGUGUUCCCAAGCAACAAAAACUUUUGUUAAAUUCAGAGGGGGACUGUGUGGUGCAGGAAGGAAAUCUCACAGUCACGUGGUCAGUAUUUCUUGCUGAAGUAAGUCUUGCUAUUGCACAUAUUGCUCAAAGCCCAUGCACACUAGGUGCAAAGUCCCAGGUAAUGACCAUUCUGUCAGAAUGGUAGUGUCUACUCCUAAUUAAUCAGGAGUGACACUGCAACAUAUUAAGACGUCAUUGUAUGUCUCAAUAUAUUGUAUUGCAUAUUUCAUCACGAACCGAUUUCACCCCACUCUUCUGGGAUCACAUUGCAAGUUUAACACGCUAAGUGUCACUUAAGUACAUUAGCUAUUGUCAUAAAAUAACUGCAAUUUUUAUUUAAAAGAUCCUAGUAGCAGAACAGAAACAACAUUCAUUGCAGAUUUUAUUUGUUAUUUACCUCAUUAUCAGAAAUUUAGUAAUAGGAAUAGAAGUAGGAUUCCCUGUGAAUGAUCUGCAGGCAAAACAGUUCCUCACAUUAAUAAAAAUCUUGGUGCCAAUAAAAAUCCCCAGCCACACUAAUAGCUGGAAGCAUGUGACUGAAGUAUCUAUCUGCAGUGUUUGAUCAGUGCAGAACAGCUGUUCACUGCCUCACUAUUCCUACAUUUAUCACUUGAACCUCUUACCUGGUAUUCUUUCAGCAGGUUUAGAAAGCCAUUAUAAUUCAUCAUUUUUAAUUAGAUAUUCCCAAAUCAUGCAAAAUGUCCUCUAACUACUUCGCUUGGCAGGUUAUCUGUAAACAUCUGAUUGCAUGCUUUAUAUUUGAAUCCUCUGUACAAUAGCCAUAUGAAAUUGAUAACAUAAUAUUAAGUCAGUCAGAGGCAGUUACAUGCAACCCCUCCCACUGGACAGAUCCCCUGGCAGUGUUCUCAUCCCACAUUUCCUGACUCCUUAUGGUGUCUGCUGGAGCCAACUGAAAUAUAAGCAUUCCUAUAUAAUUGUCCUCCUGACCAUCUGACUGGUAGCUUACUCCUAAAUAGAAAUGUGGAGAAUAGUGCAGGUUUCUGUCUGAGGCUGCCUGAUUAAAUGACAUCAAUUUUCAAACUCCUUUAACUGGAAAUUUCAUUUUAAAAUGUUUUUUUUUGUAAAGCUAAGUUGUCGCAGGUAUGUAAUAUGUAACAAUAGCAGUUGUUUAUAUGGCAUGACCACCCAGAAUUUGUACUUACUUAACUUGGGCCAAAUGGAUUAUUGCCCAGAAAUUCAUUCUCAGUUGGUUAUAUGGAAAACAGCCAUAUGCUCAAUUCCACUUCUGACUUCAAUAGAACCAAAACUUAAAAGCAGAAUAAUAUUUUCAGCUGCUGACGAAUAACACAAUUGCACUCCAGGCUGGAGAUAAGUGUCUAAGCCUUUUAAAUCAUAAGAACGUAAGAACCAGGAGAAGGAGUAAGCCAAUCAGCCCCUUGAGCCUGUUCAUAGCUGAUCCUAUCUUUCCCACAGCACUUGACUUCCUUGUAGUUUAAAAGCCUUUUCAUCUUUGCCUUGAAUAUCAGCAGUGACUCUUCCUCCACAGGUGUCUUGGGUGGGAUAGGUGAAGCAUAACCUUUUGAAAAGACAUGAGUAGGUGAGCAUAAUUGUAAAUGUCUUUUUAUUAACAUGGCCCAUUAACAAUUUUUUAAAAAUAGAGCCAUAGAGUUACACAACAUUAAAACUGGCUUUUCAGUGCUGUGAGUCUGCACCAGCAAUGAACUACCCCGAUGAAGGAUCUUGGCCCAAAGCAUUGUUUAUUCCUCUCCAUAGAUGCUGCCUGAUCUACUGGGUUCUGCCUAACACUGCACGACUCCCAUUUUAUUCUCCCAGCAUUUCAUCAGCUCCUCCCUGAUUCCACUGCUCACCUACACACCUGGGACAAAUUCCAAUGGCUAAUUAACCUACUAACGUAUGUUUCAUACUUUCAUUUCCCAAAGACAAAUGACUAUGUCUUUGGGAUAUGAAAGGAAAUGGGAGCACCUAGGGGAGAUCCACACAGUCACAGAGUUACAUGCAAACUGCACACAGGCAGCACCCAAGGUCAGCAGUAAACCUGGGCCUCUGGAACUGUGGUACUUUGCUGUUCCUUUUCUCUCAGCACUCAGAGAAAUCUCAUCAAUCCCAUUUCCCCCACUUGUGUCUCUGACACCUAUUGUUUCUCAUGAGCCCAUCAUCUCCCAUCUGACCCACAUUCCGUCCAUCUUCGGAACAAUAAUUGUUAAUAGCCAUCGAACCACCCAACCAGCAUUUCUUUGGAAUGUGGGGAGAAACCAGUGUUGUCGCAGGAAUAAGAUGUAGACUCCACGCAGAGACAGUAUCAGAGAUCAGGAUCAACCCCCAGUCACUGGGUCUAGCAUAGAUGCAGAUGAGACUAGCUUAGAUGGGAAUCUUGGUCUGCAGAGAUCAGUUGGGCUGAAGGGCCUGUUCCUGUGCUGUAUGACUCUAUGACAAUAGAGCUGUGAAACAGCAGCACUACCUGCUGCACCACUCUGCCAACCUUGUAUAUUUUUAAUGAAUGUACCUCCCUAUAGAGAACUCCAACAAAUAAUAGACUAUCAAUUUUUGAACAGUCAGAUCCUGAGAAAAGCAGAGCAAUUUUACAAUGUGGUAAAAGAGAGGCCACCUUCUUAAUGGAAGACAGAAAACUUAAAGACUUAACAAUCCAGACCACAUACUUCCAUGUGUGUAUCCUUAUGAUUACUUAUUGUGUCCCCCGUUAUUGAAGGAAUGUCCUGAACAGUUUCCACUUGAAUUAGUGUAAUGCGCGUGGCACACAGAGACUGAAAGAGGGAGAUGCCAUUUUGUUUCUUUAAAUGAGGGAGAUUUUUUUUGUUUUAGUUUUUAGAAUUCUUUUCUUACAAUUAAAUUUUGAAUAAACUUCCACUUUUACAAAGACACUGUAAUUUAAACUGCUUCCAUCUACUAGUGUUCCAGAACAACCUAAUGGUCUAAACGUAGAGACACUGUUUGCGGUCCCCAAGUCCUGUAAAGAGUUAAUGCCAUAAGUUUGCCUCAGAUUGAAUCACGAUGACAUCCCAUUGCAGUGUUUCCUUCCAUCCAUCCAAUUUAAUUGCGCAUUGUAUAUAAUUUUAAGCGCUAUCAUUGAAUCUCCACAGAGCCUAGAUGCCUCUUUACGUCUGAAGGUUAUGUGAUGCUAUGUGACCACGUUCAAUAACAAUUCAAUAAAAUCAGUCAUCGCUGAAAAUUCUGGAGCCACAAAUCUCAUUUUGCUUUAAUACAACCGACUACUGGCACAGUUAUUAUUAUAUUUCUAGUGUGGAAAUCGUCUCCUUAUCCUGUAUAAUGCAGAGUGAAUAUAGUCCUUAGGGGCAGAGAAAACCUUGUCCACUGGUGAAGAUCAAGGCGGGCAGACAGCAGAUGGAUUUGAUUGUUCUGUGUCUUGUGCAGACCUGGGGAGUAGACUCAGGAGGUUAGACAGAGAGAAACGAGCACAGGAGAAGCUCAUGGUGGGUUGUGACUGAAUGAUGCCUGACAGGAAAGCCUUUCAGUCUUUUGUAUUACAAAAUAAAUUCUGUAGCCCUCUUAAACCCAGCAUAAAAAAUCUGUCAUUCACCUCCCAGGGACUACGUCAGUCAAACUCUAGUCGGACAUAAUAGCAAAAUUGCUUUUCUCAGGGCACGCAGAGCCAGGUUCAGAAUACAAAAGUAUCAUGCUUUGGGGAGAAGGAAAAAAAAAGAAAAUGAAGUUUCAGAAAUGUCAUUCUGAGGUAAUGAGGCGUGGGCAGAAAGUAUACCCCGCGCAUCAUUUGAUAGAGAUGCUGGUCGAAAUAGCUUCAUUGAUGUGUCAGCACUCGUCUAUCAAUCAAUCAUCCAUUACACUUUGCAAGUAACAAUAACUGCAAAAGCUACAGGGCAGCUUAUAGAAUUCACUUAUGGGUAUCAAAAACAGCAGUUAAAAUGCAGUUUUGACAUGAAAAGCAUGAAGCAAGUAAUUUUUUUUAUGGCAAGAGGGAAAGAUGCACUAGACCAAGAAGCACAUUGAUGAUACGGCCGUGGUUUGACUUUAUUUAAUGUUGCAACCAGACUCAAAAAUUAAAGGUGGUUCAUUCCUUUUAUCUGUUGACCACAUAUCUGUAAAUGAAUCCAGCAGGAAAACAGCCAUACGUAGCUGAAUACCUCAUUUGUACACAGAAAGAAGAAAUUAAAACAAUAGCCUUGAUAAUCAAUUAUCCAAAGUGAAACAUAGCUCCUCUAUUAACCUAGAAACUAUUAAGUGAACAGCUUUUUGCCUUGGUUUCCAUAUGUUUUGUUUGUAUUGCAAAUCUCUCAGCUGUGUGCCAACUUGAGGGCAGUAAUUUGAUAUUUUUUUCUGGCUUACCUCCAAAGUAGAUGAAAAUUAUUAAUGUUGUACUUUAGCAGUCCUUUUGAUUACAGUUACCCAUGAUUUUGUUACAAAACACAGACUGAAAUUUGAAGAAAAUCUGCUAAACGACAAUUCUAAAUGGGUAUUUUGAAAGUAAUUGCUGAAUGUAUUUGGCCUCUCCAAAAUAUGUAAUUUCAUUUCAAUUCAGAUGCCAAGCUAUUGUUAAAUUAAAAUCUUCAACCCGUGAGUCAUCAAAUCACAUUGACAGCAAGCUCUGUUUAAAGUCAUGCCGAUGGCUAGAAGCAUGUGACUAAGAGAACCAGUUAGCCCACUCUCAUGUAUGUGCUCUGAUGUCCGUCCUACUUGCCAGCAGGUCAGUUUACAAAUAAGAUUUGAUGCAUGCCAGCAAAGAUUGAAUCACUAUGUCCAUAUUUGGAUGUAAAGAUAGAUUUAUUGAAAGGAUAAAAUGUACUUGGCAAACACAUUCAGGUCAGCUUCAAGUCUGUGUUUUGUAACUUUAAAUAAAUAACAUUUAAAGUAAGGAGCGUGACUGAUGAGAAUCAACUCUACUGACUUUUUCAAUAACAAUGCGCAUCAUUGGCAAUUUGAGAAGGCCUACGUGUUGAAAUUAGGUUAUGAUAGAUCUUUUCCCUGAGAUUCCUUUCUCUAUUAGAAGGAAAGGGAGUUGGGUUAAGAAUUUGAAUAAGCAAAGAUGCUGUACUGAACAGUAAAUGGCCAACAUCAUUGUCUGUUGUAACUAACAAUAGUCAUUUAGCUCUGUUAUUAGUAAGUAACUUUGCACUCACUUUGCCAAAAAUAUUUAUCCAAUCACACCUAGUGUCACAAUUUUGCCAGAUGACUCCACUAUCAAAUUGUAAAGAUGUUAAAAAAAAAGUUUGGAUUUCAUUAUUAGAAAUGAUAAUACUCAUCCUACUAAACUUAACCUGUUGUUGGAGUGCGGAUGUUAUCAUAAUGAUCCAGAGUGCCCUGGGAAGGUAUUGUCAUUGCAGGUAGUGUAAACCUCAGUGCAAAUGAGCACGUUCCAAUUGAUUUGUGUAUAUGAAGGUGGACUGAAGUCUGUAGUUCAGUUCUAGUCUGGAAUCUGAAUUACAGCCAAUAAAAAUACACAGCUCGUUAUGUUAACUGGUGCUGAACAGUUCUGAUUCCCAAUAACAGUAGAUUUGCAUAUGUAGAAUUCCCGGAUGUUUGACAUCAGUUGCAAGGACACACAGCCACACUGCCUUCAGCCGCCAAAGCAGGCAGUCACAAGUAGUCCAUUGAAACAACAGAAAGAAUGACUACAAAAAAUACCUCAUAAAAAAAUGUCAUAUCCUAAAAUUAAAGAGUUUAUGAAAACAUGUUACCCUUGUUCAAUUAUUAAAUUGUAUAGCAAUAUAAAUUGCUGGAUUUUAAUAUGAAGAUAAGGGAUUGGGUUUGACUUUAGGAUAAUUAAAAUAGCUGUUACCAGCCCUGGCAAGGAUGAUUAGAAUUUGCAACAAAGGAAUUCUCUAUAUGUGCUGGACUCUGAACUGAUAUCUGGAUAGUGACAAAAUGUCUGCAAAUUUAACACACAAAAUUAGAAUUAACCGCAAUAAACCAGCAGUUAAAAUCGUCUAAUACAAAUUUCUUGCUAAAAACAGUAACGCUGAGAGUAUGGAGAAAGUAUAUCUUUAUAAAUUGGGAAAAAAGGUGAUCCAAUUAGCAAUACAAAGACUACUGUGUGACAUUACCAUUCACAUUAUGUUGCCAUCUGCAGUUAUAAAGAGCCUCUAACUAUGGUUAUGUUUUUAUUUUAACCCUUACACAAUUAUCAGCUUGCAUUCAAGAAGAUUAAUUUUCAAAUAAAUAUUUUAUUUGGCUUUAAUCGGUCAUAGCAGUGCUGUAAAUUACAUCAGCAUUGGCUUGUGGAUAAAAUUGGGGAAACAACAGGACCGCAGAAACCCAUGAAUUGAUCUUUUUUUUUCUUCCAUGCUUACACAGUGAUUGAAUUUCAUACCCAUGUCAGCUUUUGAGAAUGACAGAGAACUAUAGCAAUCUAAACUUUUUGAUUGAACAUAUUAAAACUAAUAAGGACAUACAGCAAUUAGGAAAUAACUCUCAUACUUAAGCACAGAUUCUAGAACAACCAGAACCUUGUAUUAUACUAGGAGCCUUUCCAUAGAUGCAAUGGGGCAAUAAAAUGGUUAAACUGAGAACGCUUCGUAACUGUGCUGUUUAUGUAAAAAGAAAUUAGAGAUGUUCAAAAUGGCUCUCAGCAGUAAUCCUCUAAUUACUUCAUGUACACUUAUAGUUUACUCAAGUCUAAAUAUAGCCUGCUAAUACUUAUUCAGACAUUUUAUAACUCAACUGCAUGUUGUAUAUAAAUAUUCUUACCUUCAUUUUUUAAAAAAAAUCCAAUGUAUAUUUACUUGAAGCUCAAA